AUGAAGUACCACCUUCUCCCUGACACUCAGAAGGGUUCGACUUCGCCCAAAUCUCUACGGCGCCGGCUACAGCGACAAUACUACGCCCUCCCACAAUGGCUACGGAGCCUCCUCCUCCUGGCCGUCACGGUAAUAGCCGUCGCCGCUGUCACACGACAUGGGCAGAACGAGCGUGACCAGGCGUUCAAAUCAGAGCCUACCGACUUCACCACACUUAACGCAGCACACCCAGACGCGCUGUGGCAUCCGGAUCACAUCAUUCGCCACCGCAAUGGCACUCACAUCGACGACCGCUACGUUUUCAUGCGGCAGCUGGGCAAAGGCUCGGAGGGUUCGGCGGCGGUGUACCUCGACGUUCCAACCGGGAAGGUUGUAGUCGUGAAGACGUUCCAUGGCAUCCUUUCGAAUGACAUUCCUGGACCACUUAUUCCAGAAUUCGAAGACUUCGGACCGAAGUGGCCAACGGAGAUUGAAGCGAGCUUGCUGCUCGGAAACCAAACGGGCGUGGAUGGUCCUGCGUAUGUGCCCGUCCGGGAUUACUUCAUUUUGAAAGAUGAAUCCACAGACUGGCACUGGGCUCUCGUCACACCGUAUUCCGAAGCCGGCACUCUGGAAGACCUGGCGCAAUCGACAAAGUUCCACGAGCGGACGCCGCAGAAGUUAGAUAAGAUCUUUCGGUCGGUGUUCGAGGUGGUGCUUCAGAAUGUCGGGUCCUUGCACACCCUGGGUUACUGCCACGACGACAUCAAGCCGAAUAACAUGCUCGUCGCCAACACGACGCACUGGCUCCUGGGAGAUCUGGGGAACGUCCGGGAUCUUGCACACCCCUGGCAUUCGACGGGCAAGAUCAAGCGGGAGAAUCAUUGGACAGACUGCAAGAUGAAUGAUGUGAGACGGCUGCUGAAGACUUACAUGUACUUCCUGCGAGAAGCCAGUGGUGCUGCAUCGGGCUUUGACGGUGCGUUCUGGAAGGAGGAGCAGGCGUGGAGUAGGCUGUAUUGGCAGUGGAUGCAGCAGCCGUUGGCCGUGAAUGGGACUCUCGAGCUGUCGAGGGCGAUGAACUCGAGCGAGGAGAUGGAGUGGAAGGCCGAGGGUGAUGCGGUUGAGGGUGCGUGCCUUCGACGCAAGACGGACAUGGAGCUGGUGACCACGACAUUGCGGUGGCGGCCAACAGACUUCUGGCCGUUGAGGCAGUGUUGA